AUGGCGACCCUGAAUGUACCCCCUGUUCCUCCCUCCCCGAGAGACGACGCCAUAACCCUUUAUACUGCUUUCAAAGGAUUUGGAUGUGAUACUAGCGUCGUCGUCAAUGUACUCGCUCAUCGAGAUGCCAUUCAGCGUGCCCACAUCCAACAUGAAUUCAGAACAAUGUAUUCCACGGACCUUCUCAAACGCUUAUCUUCUGAGCUUUCUGGAAAGUUGGAGACUGCAGUUCUGCUUUGGAUCCACGACCCUGCUGGACGUGAUGCAAUAAUCCUCAAGCAAUGUCUUACUGUGGCCAAAAAUCUUGAAGCUGCUACUGAAGUAAUAUGUUCACGAACUUCAUCCCAGCUGCAAUAUUUAAGACAGGUUUACUAUACUAGAUUUGGGGUUUAUCUUGAGCAUGAAAUUGAAAGAUACACCUCCGGGGAUCAUAAAAAGAUUUUGCUUUCAUAUUUAACCAUACCCCGUCAUGAAGGCCCUGAGGUAAAUAAAGAGUUUGCUGAGAUGGAUGCAAAGGUUCUCUACAAAGCAGGAGAGAAGAGGCUGGGAACAGACGAGAAGACUUUUGUGCAAAUAUUUAGUGAGCGGAGUGCAGCACAUUUGACUGCCGUAAAUCAUUAUUACAAUGACAUGUAUGGACACUCGUUGAAAAAGGCAGUAAAGAAGGAAACGUCAGGAAAUUUUGCUCUGGCACUUCUGACGAUAAUUCAAUUUUCUGAAAAUCCUGCAAAGUAUUUCGCAAAGGUCCUACGCAAGGCAAUGAAAGGCUUGGGGACUGAUGACACAAAACUUAUAAGGGUGAUUGUAACAAGGGCUGAGAUAGAUUUACAUUAUAUCAAAGCUGAAUAUUUAAAGAAAUACAAGAAGACACUUAAUGACGCAGUCCACUCAGAAACAUCUGGCCACUACAGAGCUUUUCUUCUCGAACUCUUGGGUCCCAAUCAGUAG